AUGGGAAUUGAUUUGCAUCUAACAGAAAAUGACACUGAUGUCAUUUCCAACGUAGAUGCAUCUUAUACAAUAGUAAAUUCACCUACACCAAAUACUUUAGAUCAGAUUUCAGAAUCAGAUUUACCACGGACUCCUAGCCCUCUAAGUUGUAUCCUUUCGUCGCCUUUUAGACAUGCUGCAAGCCCACAAAGUUCAAUCGUAUCAUCACCUUCAACUCAUAUCAGUAGCCCGAAAAUUUCAUGUCCCAGACCUGCUAAAAAGAAAUCGCCUUGGAAGCAUAUUUUACGCAAAUUUCAGUACAGAUAUAAUAAAGAAUUAAAAUUAAAAGACCAAAAAAUCCAAGAACUUAAGAGAAUUAACCAGAAUUGCUUGAAGCGGAUACAAAGAUUGCAAAGAGAUAAAAUAAUAAGAGACUUGAAUAAAAAAAAUCACAAUUUAUCUAUAAUAGAACAAAAAUCCCAGCUACCCAUUGAACCCUGUCACGCAGAAGUUAAAAAUAUUGUAAAAAAAUAUUUUGAAGAUGAUGAAAAUAGUAGAAUGUGUGCAGGAAAAAAAGAAUUCGUUACCAAAGGGAAAAUAAAAAAACAGAAAAAAUAUCUUACCGACAGUCUGCUAAAUUUACAUAACAAAUAUAUAAAAAACUAUCCUCAAUACAAAUUAAGUUAUAGUGCAUUUUGCAAGCUUCGUCCAUUUUGGAUACGCAUACCAAACGUUAAUAGUCGAGAAACAUGUUUGUGUAAAGAUCACGAAAAUAUGGAUCUGGUCGUUUUGGCACUUCGACAAAACAAUUUGAUUGUUGAAAAAUCGGUAAAUGAGGUUUUACAAACACUAUGUUGUGAUCCUAGAAAUAUUAACUGCCUAGCUAAGAACUGUGAUAGUUGCAAACACAAGGUAAUUAAUUAUAAAGAGUUUGAUAAUUCUAAAGAGGCAUAUUAUUGGAUUUGGAAUAAAGUAAAGAAAACGUAUAUAAAAGAUCAAAAAGAAAAAACAACUCUUCAAACAAUCAAAGAGAAACGUAAUGGCACUCUCUCCUACCGGAUGGUGCAGAUGCUGACAGGAUAUGGGUGUUUCGGUCACUACCUGCACCAUACGGCCAGACGGGAGCCAACGCCCCAGUGCCAUCACUGUACAGAGGAGGACGACACGGCGCAACACACGCUCGUUGCCUACCCAACCUGGGUCGCACAACGGGCAGAACACAGCGCUGCUAUAGGACCAGACCGGACACUCCCGGACAUAAUAAGAGCAUUAGUCCGGUCGUGA